AUGCGCGAUCAAUUUCGUCGUUCGCCCACGCUGAGAACCGCCGUUCCCGCCGCAACUAUGACUCCAGAUAAACAAAGCAACGGCCCUUCCGGCAAACCUCUCACUCCCAGCCUCAGUGCCGCCUUUAAUAGAUCCAGCAAAACACCCCUCACACCCAAACUUGCCAGUUCGGGAGGCUACCUGACCCCUCGACGACCAGCGUACGCGGAGACGACUUCCCCGAUUGCCUCGAGAGAAGACGCAUCCAACACAAACUACCUCAGUGCCAACGUCACUCCCCGCUCUGGUCCGCGAAACUCCAGACGGGAUGGCACAGCAUCGCCCCCGGUGACGACCAGCCCUGGAGCGGCAUACUAUAUGCAACAGACGACACGGUCUGCUCCCUCUGUAUCGACGGGGGGUCACCGGACAGAGCGUAGCCCCGGCCGCGGCAAUGCGAGGCUAGAGCCACCACGAUCCCUACGCGAAAAGAGUAGUUCGACAGAAAACUAUCAUCAGAGCGCCUCCUCGCGCCCCGAUUCGUCCUGUGGAAGCUCCGCGGGAUCCCCUAUGUUCUUUCGUGCUGAUGACGCACGGUCCUCCGUUUCCUCCUUUGAACAGGAUAGUCGCCCCAGAUCAUACGUGAAGACCACGCCCACGGUCGCCUUCCUAUACUCCAACGGGCCAAAAGAGAAUUCCCAGACGGACGACCCGAACAAAGCAUUGCCUGUCGCGAAACGGCGGUCUACUGGUCCACCGCGGCCAGUUGUCGCUAGCAAAACUCCCCCGGUCUUGUCUCCUCGAUUGAGAUCACCACAGCUACCAGAUUCAAACAGCCGCCGGUCUUUCGAUGGGCAUCUUCUAGCUAGCCCCCAGAUUGACGACUUUGCAGAGAACAAGCCCCCGCGCUGGCAAGCCUCAUCUCCGAACAGUCCGGAGGAAAGGCCGUCGAGCGUUGUCGGCUUACCCACCCCUCACAGGAGAACCAUAAGUGUUGACUCGCCACAUCAGACCACUCCUCAUCAGGAGAGACGAAGGGCCAGCUCCUCUCUGUCGCCGGCUCUUAUACCGUCCGAGGCUACAGCGGCGACCGCGCAGACACCAGAACCACGUCCGAGAAUUACAAGCAAUGGUUCCUCCUUCUCUCUAGAACCUUCCGCCCCUAUUCCAUUGGCGCAGAGCCCUAUUAAGACGGACGUGAAUGGACAGGAUAUCAGUGAUGCUGCGGCCACUGCGCGAACGGAGCGCAAGGUCUUGGACCUCGAAAUAAGCAACUCGUCGUUGUUGGCAAUCAACCGCACGCUAGAACGUGAACUACGGAAGCAACAGGCGGAACUGCGGCGUUAUCGACGAUUGAGUCGAUCCGGCCGUCUGUCUAUUUCUACCUCACUCCGCUCGACAUCCGGAACUGGUCUCUCGAUUGUCAGCGAAACGGACGAUGGGAUCAGUGAACAGGCUGCAGUCCACACACCUGAAGAACUUUCAGAUUCAGGCGAUGACGAGUCAUCCUUCGCAGACGACAGCAGCACCGCUCCAGAUGAGAAACGAUUCUCACUAGAUCUAUCUAAACAUCAGGAAUUAUUGGUCGACAGUCAGAAGAUGAAUCAAAGCCUGAAGCGAUGCCUGGGGUGGACGGAGGAGCUGAUCAAAGAGGGCAAGAAAGCACUCGAAUACCAUGUGACAGUAAGCGAUGUUGAGCUUGGUGGCCGGGUGCUCGCACCGGAUGAGAUGAGUGAAAUUGGAGAAAGCGCAAGAGGCCUUUUGAGUCCGAGCACAGAGAUACCCCCUGUUUAUUCUGAUUUUGAUUGGGAAGGGCAAUCCGAAUCGGAUGAAGCCUAA